AAUAAAAAGGAAAAAUAGUUUCGUGGGCAUUUCUCUUUCUUCUUCUUCGUUUCUACGCAAAAGAUCCCCCAAAUCGAGAAGCGAGAGGAUCAUCAUCCUUUGUUUUUGAUCCUCUAAGUUUAUGAGAUGGUAUACUCAUCAUCGUCGUGUUCCAUGAUAUUUUUUUGAAAACCAAGAAAUACAAUCGGCGACGACGAUCUCCGUUCUUGGAAAUUAUCUUGCCGAUCAAUGAUGUUGUCGUUACAGACCGAUCCGCGACAAGUUCAACAACAACAAUUUCAGCAGCAGCAGCAGCAGCAGCAGCAGCAACAGCAGUUGUUGCAGCAGGCUGCUAGGGUUUCGUAUAACAAUGGCGAUCAUCAGCGUGAAUCUUCGUUUGUUUUGUCAACGGAAAUUGACCCUUCACCAUCGAACGUCAAUCUUAAACUCUCGCAAGGUCUUGACAUUCGUGAAGCCGAUGAAGAUAUGCUCAUGUCCCUUGCUCAUCAGAAAUACAAGUCUGGAGACUUUAGACAGGCAUUAGAUCAUAGCAAGGCUGUCUAUGACAGAAACCCAAUGCGAACAGAUAAUCUUCUUCUCCUGGGAGCAAUAUAUUAUCAGUUACAUGACUUUGAUAUGUGCAUCGCAAAGAAUGAAGAAGCUCUCCGGAUUGAUCGAAAUUUUGCAGAGUGCUAUGGGAAUAUGGCAAAUGCAUGGAAGGAAAAGGGAAACAUUGAUGUUGCUAUUCGCUAUUAUUUAGUUGCAAUCGAGCUUCGUCCCAAUUUUGCUGAUGCAUGGUCAAACUUGGGAAGUGCUUACAUGCGGAAAGGAAGGCUAACUGAAGCUGCUCAAUGCUGUCGCCAGGCUCUUUCAUUGAACCCUCGUUUGGUUGAUGCUCAUAGCAACCUUGGGAACUUGAUGAAAGCUCAAGGAUUAGUGCAAGAAGCAUACAAUUGCUACGUGGAGGCACUCCGUAUUCAGCCAACUUUUGCCAUAGCAUGGUCUAACCUUGCUGGCCUUUUCAUGGAGUCGGGCGAUCUUAACAGGGCACUCCAGUACUACAAGGAGGCGGUCAAGCUUAAACCAACAUUUGCUGAUGCCUAUUUGAAUUUGGGAAAUGUAUACAAGGCUUUGGGAAUGGCUCCAGAAGCUAUUGUAUGUUAUCAGCGUGCUCUUCAGUCUAAACCGGACUAUGCCAUGGCUUUUGGGAAUUUAGCUAGCAUAUAUUAUGAGCAAGGUAACUUGGAGAUGGCAAUUAACCAUUAUAAGCAGGCCGUCGCUCGUGAUGCUGGAUUUUUGGAAGCGUAUAAUAAUCUGGGAAAUGCCCUCAAGGAUGCUGGCAAAGUUGAGGAAGCCAUUCAUUGCUACCGGCAAUGUCUUUCUUUGCAACCUAGCCAUCCUCAGGCUCUCACUAAUCUUGGAAACAUAUACAUGGAAUGGAAUAUGAUGACAGCUGCUGCACAAUGUUACAAGGCAACUUUAACUGUAACGACAGGAUUAUCUGCUCCUUUUAACAAUCUGGCAAUAAUAUACAAGCAGCAGGGUAAUUAUGCUGACGCUAUAUCUUGCUACAAUGAAGUUCUUCGUAUUGAUCCACUGGCAGCCGAUGGUCUUGUUAAUCGUGGAAACACUUACAAGGAGAUUGGGAGAGUUAAUGAAGCAAUUCAAGACUACUCACAUGCUAUUGUUAUACGCCCAAACAUGGCUGAAGCUCAUGCAAAUCUGGCUUCAGCUUAUAAAGACAGUGGACAUGUGGAAGCAGCUAUUAAAAGCUAUCGACAAGCAUUGGCCAUACGUCCUGAUUUUCCUGAAGCAACUUGUAAUCUGCUGCACACAUUACAGUGUGUAUGCGACUGGGAUGACAGGAAAAGAAUGUUUAUUGAAGUUGAAAGUAUACUUCGGAGACAGAUCAAGAUGUCGGUUAUUCCUAGUGUGCAACCUUUCCAUGCGAUUGCAUAUCCCCUUGAUCCAAUGCUUGCACUUGAAAUCAGUCGGAAGUAUGCUGCACACUGUUCUGUCAUUGCUAGCCGUUUUUCUCUUCCUGCUUUCAACCAUCCUCUUCCGUUACCAAUAAAAAGUACAGGAGGCAGCAAUCGACUAAAAAUUGGAUAUGUCAGCAGUGACUUUGGAAACCAUCCACUGUCACAUUUGAUGGGAUCGGUAUUUGGAAUGCAUGAUAGAGAAAAUGUUGAGGUCUUCUGCUAUGCUUUGAGUCCAAAUGAUGGGAGUGAAUGGAGGCUCCGAAUUCAAUCAGAAGCAGAACACUUUAAGGACGUGUCAGCAAUGACUUCUGAUAUGAUCUCAAGGCUGAUAAAUGAGGAUCAGAUACAAGUACUCAUCAACCUCAAUGGUUAUACCAAGGGGGCUAGAAAUGAGAUAUUUGCUCUGCAGCCUGCUCCGAUUCAGGUGUCAUAUAUGGGAUUCCCUGGUACAACGGGCGCUAGCUACAUACAGUAUCUGGUCACUGAUGAAUUUGUCUCUCCAACUCGGUUCUCUCACAUCUACUCUGAGAAGCUUGUGCAUCUUCCUCAUUGCUACUUUGUGAACGACUAUAAGCAGAAAAAUCUUGAUGUACUGGAUCCAAACUGUCAACCAAAGCGGUCAGCUUAUGGAUUGCCAGAGAACAAAUUUAUAUUUGCUUGUUUUAAUCAGCUUUACAAGAUGGAUCCUGAAAUUUUUAUGACUUGGUGCAAUAUAUUAAAGCGUGUUCCCAAUAGCGCCCUUUGGCUUCUGAGAUUCCCAGCUGCUGGUGAAAUGAGACUCCGUGCCUAUGCUGCGGCUCAGGGUGUGCAGCCGGACCAGAUUAUUUUCACUGAUGUUGCUAUGAAGCAGGAACACAUCAGACGCAGUUCUUUGGCAGAUCUUUGCCUUGAUACGCCGUUAUGCAAUGCACAUACGACAGGAACAGAUGUUCUUUGGGCUGGUCUGCCGAUGGUGACCCUUCCCCUUGAGAAAAUGGCAACUAGAGUUGCUGGUUCACUCUGCCUAGCCACUGGAGUUGGUGAGGAGAUGAUUGUAAACAGUAUGAAGGAGUAUGAAGAGAGGGCUGUGUAUUUAGCUUUAAACCGCGGAAAGCUCCAAGAUCUGACCAACAGACUGAAGUUGUCACGCCUUAGUUGUCCUCUGUUUGAUACAUCACGCUGGGUGAAAAAUCUGGAAAGAUCAUACUUUAAGAUGUGGAAUCUGCACUGCUCUGGGCAACAACCUCAGCACUUGAAAGUGGUGGAGAAUGAUUCGGAGUAUCCAUAUGGUCAUUAGGGAACGUAAAUCAUUAUAUUAAUACAGUAGUAGGAUAUCUAAUAUCAAAAAAAUGGGUUAUUAGUGUGCAAGAGAUUGAAUGAAUCCUAUCGUUAUCCAAUUAUGACCACCCUUGUUUGCCAUCUGUGGUAGUCAAAUCAUUCUGUUUAGAAGCCUU